AUGCCGAAAAAAGCUGAACGAAGGCAAUGGAAUGUGGAAAACAUGCGAAAGGCUAUCGCAGCUGUAAAAAACGACGAAAUGGGAAUUUUACUGGCCUCAAAAACAUUCCAAGUCCCACACACAACAUUGCAGCGUAUGGCUAGAAGCCAAAAGCCUUCAGAGGAGCUUCUUUCAACAAAACUCGGCAGGAAACCAGUUUUCAGUCAAGAAAUAGAGAGAAAAGACUGGUUUAAUGGCUUUUGUAAAAGACAUCGUGAGAUAUUGAGCUUGCGUAGACCAACCAGCACUUCUUUCGAUCGUGCAAAAGGAUUCACGCGUCACAAUGUGUCUUCGUUUUUCAACUUGCUGGAAGAUGAGUAUAUUAAACAUAAUUUUUCAGCAACUCGCAUUUGGAAUGUUGACGAAACGGGGCUAUCAGUGGUGCAGUCACGUCAACCCAAGGUUAUUGCACAAAAAGGAAAAAGGCAAAUAGGCGCCAUGACCUCCGCAGAACGCGGAUCCCUCAUAACCGUCAUAACGUAUAUGAGUGCUGGCGGAUCCUUUGUGCCUCCAUAUUUUAUUUUCCCAAGGAAGAAUAGUCAUCCGCUUCUUAUGAAGGAUGCACCACCAGGAGCGAAAUUCUCAUGCCAUCUGUCUGGAUGGGUGCAAAUACCAAUUUUCACAAAUUGGUUCAAACACUUCUUGGAGUUCACAAAGCCAACUAAAGAAGAACCGGCUUUACUAAUUUUAGAUGGGCAUUAUAGCCACACGCGAAACAUAGAACUAAUUGAUUUAGCUCGUGAAAAUGGUGUUGUUAUUUUGUCAUUGCCACCACAUUUUACACACAAAAUGCAGCCAUUGGACAAAACAUUCAUGGGCCCACUUAAAGUAUAUUAUAGUGACGAAGUAAGGCGCUUUACUCGAGAACAAGCACGCAAAGUAACUCUAUAUGAUUUAGUGGGAUUGUUCACAAAAGCAUAUUUGCGAGUUCAAACCAGUCAAAUAGCUUUAAGUGGAUUUAUAAGUACUGGAAUUUUUCCGUUCGACAAAAAUAUUUUGGCAGAAGCAGAUUUCAUAGCAGGCGAAAUAGAAAACGAGCAAACAGAAUCCGCUCCCAUCCAGGAUGUCGAUAAAGAAAUUCCUAUGCGAAAUUCCCAAGUUUUACCGUCAAUAUCGGAUGACUCCGUGGCAACUACACGCACUGGAUUAUCGCCAUGUAUUUUUCCACCGACUGGGCCUAGUAACUUAGUAUCAAACAAUAUUGUAAAUGCAGUUUAUCAGUAG